AUGGAGGUUGAAAAGAACAUGACGUCUUUCCUCAAUCCUAAUGUUCAACUUGAUCAUUUUGAUGGUACAAACUUCACCUGCUGGAAAGGAAAGUUGUUCUUCGUUCUCACUGUACUUAAGAUCGCCUACGUACUUGAUCCAAAAUUGGAGCCACUUCCUGAACUAAAGGAGGAUGAUUUUGAAGAAUUGAAGACCACAAGGAAGAAGCGAGGAGAUGAUGAAAUCAUGUGCCGGGGUCAUAUUCUCAACACUCUCUCUGAUAGGCUCUACGAUCUUUACAACUCGAUGGAGUCUCCGGUGAAGAUUUGGAACGCUCUCGAAUACAAAUACAAAACUGAGAAGGAAGGUAUGGACAAAUUUCUCAUCUUGAAAUUUCUAGAAUAUGUCAUGGUUGACACCAAGUCCGUUCUAGAUCAAAUACAUGAAUUGCAAGUCAUCAUUACUAAGCUUCGUGAAUUGAAGGUUGAGAUUUCUGAAUCAUUCCAAAUGGGGGCAAUUAUUGCAAAAUUGCCUCAAAGUUGGAAUGAUUCCUCAAAAUUUAAUGUUGCCGAAGCUAGUAAGUUUUCAAAGAACUUCAAAGUCAAUAAUGACAAGAAGUUCAAGAAGGCAGGUAAUGGCCAAAAGAAAUUUUUUGGAAAUUGUUUCUUUUGUGGAAAGAAAGGCCAUCGCCAAAAUGACUGCAGAUACAAGAAGAAAAAGGAAGAAGUGAACACCAACAAUGCCAAUGCCAUUGAAGAGAAAUCCGAAGACAUAUGUGCUAUGGUCUCGGAAUUACAAAUUGGCAUGAUUACCGAAACUAACAUGGCUGCAUUUAAAUCCUCCGAUUGGUGA